UGCGAGUGCGAGGGAAGCGACUCGGCUCCUCCAUUGAAACAAACCAACUACUUUGUGCUGCUCUGGUGACUCUUCCCUGCUCCAAGUCCACCCAAGGCUGCCCGUGAAUGGAUUUCUUCAAGCUUUGCCCUGCCUAACAUGGAUGCCCCGCCACCUCCACCACCACCACCUCCACCGUCAUCUUCCUCAGCUGAGUCGGAGGGCUGCCUCUUCUUGGCGCAGUGAAGCCGGACACGCAGUUGCUUUGGCCAAAUGGAUCUGGUGAAACCGUUGCCCUCUCCUCCGCCGCCGGUGACCAUGCCGUGAUCUUCAGUUGUCUGCCUGCUUCACGUUAAAGGGGAGGAAAGAAUUAAAAGAUUCGGGGAAUAUACCUACCGAUCCAGGGAAUAAUUCCUGUGCACCACACAAGCACCAUGAAGAUUAUCUUCCUGCUGAAUGCGAGAUUCAGGUGCACCGUCAGGCUUCUACUGCUGCUAUUACAGUUUGUGGGAUAUUCUCAUGGGAUGCCACACGUCUUGAGAUUUGGAGGGAUAUUUGAGUCCAUCGAGAGUGGUCCAUCAGGUGCUGAGGAGCUAGCCUUUAAAUUUGCUUUAAACACAAUCAACAGGAACAGAACCCUACUGCCAAACACAACACUCACUUAUGACAUCCAAAGGAUAAACAUCUACGACAGCUUCGAAGCCUCCAGGAAAGCCUGCGACCAACUUUCACUGGGGGUGGCGGCCAUCUUUGGUCCCUCUCACAGUUCCUCAGCCAAUGCAGUCCAGUCUAUUUGCAAUGCCUUGGGGGUGCCCCACAUCCAGACCAAGUGGAAGCACCAGGUAUCAGACAACAGAGAUGUGUUCUACGUCAGCCUCUAUCCAGACUUCUCCUCUCUCAGCCGGGCCAUCCUGGACCUGGUACACUUCUUCAAGUGGAAGACAGUCACCGUGGUUUAUGAUGACAGCACCGGUCUGAUUCGGUUGCAGGAGCUUAUAAAGGCACCGUCCCGCUACAACAUCCGGUUAAAGAUCCGGCAGCUGCCUGCAGAGACCAAGGAUGCCAAGCCACUGCUGAAGGAGAUGAAGAGGGGGAAGGAGUUCCAUAUCAUCUUUGACUGUGGCCAUGAAAUGGCUGCUGGGAUCCUAAAGCAGGCUCUUGCCAUGGGGAUGAUGACAGAGUAUUAUCACUAUAUCUUCACCACACUGGAUUUGUUUGCACUGGAUGUAGAGCCUUACCGAUACAGUGGUGUGAACAUGACGGGCUUCAGGAUCCUGAAUACAGAGAACAGCCAGGUGGCCUCCAUCAUAGAGAAAUGGUCCAUGGAAAGACUCCAGGCUCCACCCAAACCUGACUCUGGUCUACUGGACGGCUUCAUGACCACGGACGCAGCGCUGAUGUACGAUGCCGUGCACGUGGUGGCCGUGGCUGUGCAGCAGUCUCAGCAGAUCACUGUCAGCUCAUUACAGUGCAACCGACACAAACCGUGGCGCUUUGGGAACCGCUUCAUGGCCCUCAUCAAAGAGGCCCACUGGGAUGGCCUGACAGGGAGGAUCACUUUCAACAGGACCAAUGGCUUGAGGACAGACUUUGACCUGGAUGUCAUUAGUCUCAAGGAGGAGGGAUUGGAAAAGAUUGGAACCUGGGACCCUCCUAGUGGCCUGAACAUGACGGACAACCAGAGGGGGAAGACAACUAAUGUGUCUGAUUCCUUAUCCAACCGAUCGCUUGUCGUCUCCACCAUACUGGAGGAGCCCUACGUGAUGUUCAAGAAGUCUGACAAACCGCUGUACGGGAACGACCGCUUUGAAGGCUACUGCAUAGACCUGCUGAGAGAGCUGGCCAGCAUCCUGGGCUUCACCUAUGAGGUUCGUCUGGUGGAGGAUGGGAAGUAUGGCGCCCAGGACGAGACCACAGGCCAGUGGAACGGCAUGGUCAAGGAGCUCAUGGACCAUAGAGCUGAUCUUGCAGUGGCUCCCCUAGCCAUCACAUACGUGCGCGAGAGGGUCAUCGACUUCUCCAAGCCCUUCAUGACGCUGGGGAUAAGUAUACUGUACCGCAAGCCCAACGGGACCAACCCUGGGGUCUUCUCCUUCCUCAACCCCCUCUCGCCUGAUAUCUGGAUGUAUAUUCUGCUGGCUUACUUGGGUGUCAGUUGUGUGCUGUUUGUCAUAGCCAGGUUUAGUCCCUACGAGUGGUAUAACCCCCACCCUUGCAACCCUGACUCGGAUGUAGUGGAAAACAAUUUCACCCUGCUAAAUAGUUUCUGGUUCGGAGUUGGAGCUCUCAUGCAGCAAGGCUCUGAGCUCAUGCCGAAAGCCCUCUCCACCAGAAUUGUAGGAGGUAUCUGGUGGUUUUUCACCCUUAUCAUCAUCUCCUCCUACACGGCUAACCUGGCGGCCUUCCUCACCGUGGAGCGCAUGGAGUCGCCAAUUGACUCAGCAGAUGACCUGGCCAAGCAGACCAAGAUAGAGUAUGGUGUGGUGGAGGACGGAUCCACCAUGACCUUUUUCAAGAAAACCAAGAUCUCCACGUACGAUAAGAUGUGGGAGUUUAUGAGCAGUCGGAGGCACUCGGUGAUGGUGAAGAACGUGGAGGAGGGCAUUCACCGCGUGCUCACCUCGGACUACGCAUUCCUCAUGGAGUCCACCACCAUCGAGUUUGUCACGCAGCGCAACUGCAACCUCACCCAGAUCGGAGGCCUCAUCGACUCCAAAGCCUACGGAGUGGGCACGCCAAUGGGCUCUCCGUACAGAGAUAAGAUCACUAUUGCCAUCCUGCAGCUUCAGGAGGAAGGGAAGCUGCACAUGAUGAAGGAGAAGUGGUGGAGGGGUAAUGGCUGUCCGGAGGAGGAGAGUAAGGAGGCCAGUGCUCUCGGGGUGCAGAACAUCGGCGGGAUCUUCAUCGUCCUGGCCGCCGGACUCGUCCUCUCGGUGUUCGUGGCGGUGGGCGAGUUUCUCUACAAGUCCCGACAGAAUGCACAACUCGAAAAGAGGUCCUUCUGCAGCGCCAUGGUGGACGAGCUGCGGGUUUCCCUCAAGUGCCAACGCCGGCUCAAACACAAGCCCCAGCCACCCGUCAUGGUCAAAACAGAGGAAGUCAUCAACAUGCACACCUUCAACGACCGCAGACUGCCAGGGAAAGAGACCAUGGCCUAAAUGGGACUCUCAAUCACUUCUUUCUCUCCCCCUGUGGUCAGGAGGCGUGUAGAGACACUGGGGGGAAAAAGGGAAGGGAGAGGGGAGUGGGGGAGGGGACCGGGGACCGGCUGUGGUGGCUGACAGUUCUGGGGGUUAUUUAGAGGGUGGAGGUAGAGCAAGAGCUGCUUGGAGUACUGACAAACUGUCAUUGUUGUUUCUUAAAAAAAAAAAAAUAGCUAGGGAUAAGAGAUUCAACAAUAUUUCCUGUGGAAAUAACUUGAACCUGGGUGAAAUUUCAGCGAGUUACCUCAUUACUCUUACCACCUUGGCAAACGACGUGCUGCCAGGAUUUAGUCAAAAAAAAAAAAGAAAAAAAAAACAAGCGACCUACCCAGGAGAGGCGGGGAGAGAGAGAGAUGGAAACGUAGGUGGUCCGUUCAGUAUGAGCAUAUAAGAAGAUUUGGACCUAUCCUCUCUAGCUGCUGCUCAACCAGCCUUUCACUGCACAGUCCACCGAGGUUGGCUGAGUAGCACCGAGAGACUCGCAUCUCAGACUAUGAAUGAACACACAGAGACACUAAACGGGGGAACGGGGAGAGGAAUUUGCAAAGGAUAUACCUUGUUUAUUUUCAAAAAGUUGUGAAUAGAAAGACCGGACGGGCUCGGCCAACCAUUUCGAAAUUUAAACCCAAAGCCCAGAAGACAACGGUGAGCUCGGCUGCUCCCAAAAUGUACAGAGAGGCAUUGCUUAGUCACAUAUAUUGAUCAACAUCAAAAAUGGAUAUACUGUAUAUCAUCCAUCAGGCAAUAAGUGAUUUCAUUUAUUUGUGUUUCAGAGUACUAACACUUUUAGUCUUUAAUGUAGGGGUGGGCGGGUUCCUACGGGUGCAGUAUUUUUUAGAGGCAGAUUAUACAGUGAAAUACAUACUUUACUGAGGUGAGAAGCCAGGGGAAGGAGCAAUACAGUGAGCUGUGGGUGUCCAUGCAUCAGCCAGCUGUCAAGUGGUCACGUGAAGAAGAUUUUAUGGAGGGGACACCCUAAAUGUCAAUAUGGAGAAUCAUUUAGAUGUGUUAAAAAGAACCGAAGCACUAGGUGUGGCUCACUGCAACUAAAUUCACAGCAAUCACACAACACACAAACUCUAUUUAUUCAAAAGUAUUUAUUGUUUUAUUUAUGAAUUUUAUUUAUAUCUUCAAGGACUGGAUUUUCACUACAGCAGUAAAUACACCUCACUUCGACUCUGUAAGGGUGCACAGCGUUUCUUCUCAUUUUCAUUCAGCUCCGUGUCAAAGUCUCCAGUUUCAUUUUGUACUCCUGUGGCUUUUUAUUUGGCAACAAGAUCCACAUUUACUUGUGCAAAUGCAAUUUCUAUGAAAAAGUGUUUUUGUACGAAGAGAAUCAAAAUUUUGUAAUAAUUUUUAUCAACACAAAACGUACCACGAGUGUCAUCCAUGGCAGAGGGUCAUACCACAUGCCGUGUGGUUUUGGUAGUUCAGGAAGAUUUCCUAGACAGUAGACAGACCCAACACACACCCGAGGGUGCGCAGUGCACCCAUCCUCCAUGGACCAGGCUCACACCAAUUAGUACUCCGUCCUCCAAAUAGAGAGGCAGAGCAUUCUGGUAAAGCAUCAGUGACAUAUGUUGUUUUGGAGAAGAAAAAAACAAACUAUUUUUAUCAUGUAAAGGAAUCAUAUUUAAAGAAAGAUAUUUUUACUUCACAUGAAGGAAGAGUAAUGAGAAAUACUGAUUAGAGCAAAUAUAUAGUCUACACACACAGGAAGAGGACUGCCGAUGAUGCUUAUCAUUCUACACCCCCGAUUACUGAUAGACUGCUAGAAUCCAGUGCUGAGAAAUCGUGUGUAAAUGGUUUUAAAAAGGAAAAAGAUGUAUUUAAAAAAAUAAAGAACACUUAACUAAUUUUGAACUUGUUGUGAAAACAAAAUGGAGUGCACACAGUUUACCCUUUGAAGUUGAUGCACAAGUUUAAAGAAAAUAAAAAGUAUUCACAA